AAGCUGCCAAACAAGCACGCAUGCAUGUAGUAAUUGCAACUUGAAAUUUCGAAAGUCUGCAGCGAUAAUGCAUCGAGCUCUACUUCUACCUGAUGUUCUUCUAGAGAUAUUUGGAUCCCUCCGAUUCCCUGAUCGCCGAUUAUCUUGGAGAUGCUUUGCAGCACUUGCAACGACAUGCAAAGCCUUUCAUGAACCCGCAAUGAAUGGGCUUUGGGCUGACAUAGAGGACUUGGAUGCACUACUAGGCUGUGUGACGAGGCUGCAUCCAAUAAUAUACCAAAAGUCUACUUACUUUCACGGCUGGUCCUCUCAAGGCCUUGAACCAUUAUCUGAGCUCGAGGCCCAUCAAUUCUUGCGUCACGCCACCCGUGUGUGCUCGAUACGUAUAGAAUCCGACACCCAUUUCCACCUUCUCUCAAUCUUUCCAAACGAGACAUGCUUGUUCCCUAGACUGAUGUCGGUAUCCUUCAUGCUUCAACAUCCAACUAACUACUGGCAUCUCUUCCUGUCCCCCAUGCUGCGUUGUUGUUACCAAGAGUCCAUUCACACAGACUUCAUAUCUCGUUGUGCUGUUUUGGAGCACUUACUCAUAGAGUCCUUUGAUCAGGACAUAGCGGAUGAGCUGUCCUCGCUGUCUGACAGUGUCCGUUCGUGCAAGCGACUUGUAACUUUGACUGGUCCACCCCUCGACUUGGCUGCAUGGGAACACUUGUCCAACCUUCAUACCCUUGUCGGAGUCGUAAUUGGCAAGACGGGGAGAAGAAUUUCGUCCCCCAAGUUGGAUCUCAAUAAUCAUAAUCUCAAUUUCGCACCUUUCCUCAACCUGGCGACUCUUUAUUUCCGCUCAGACACAGCCGUAUACAUCACAACGCUCAUGCAACACUCAGAAUUCCCCUCACUGAAAGAGUUUAGCAUGGAUGGAGGCUGAGCGGCUUUUUCGUGCACUAUCCCAGUGCAAAGCAUGCCAGACCCUCGAAACCAUUUUCAUAGCCUGUUCGGGUCCAGAAGUUCACGAACCCUCAGGCAACUCUUUGACAGCAGUUACACACCUCCUAUGUUUCACGCAGCUCCGAUACCUAUGCCUCAGUCUUCAUUGCUCCAUUGUCAUCGACAACGACCUUCUUUUCGAAGCCAUGUCA